AUGAAGUGCUGGUGCGGCACGACCGACGACUACACGCGGUACGGGACCGGUACCUGCAACUUCUCGUGCAGCGGCGACAACGAGCAGACAUGUGGAGGCAGAGAGUCGGCCAACGUCUGGACCGUCGACUGAUGGCUUCACGCGAGUGCACCCUAGAUGUGGGAAGUCCCCAGUGGCCCGUUCGUUGCGUCGGUGUAAAGCUUCGAUGGUUACGGCCGGUUUUCACCGAUCCAAAUCGGGUUGCUCUCCGGCUUCAUAACCGUAAUAACUACACCCCCCGCUGGGUAGGGUUAGGUACAAAAUCAUUUUUUUUUUCCCUGCACCCCGUGUGUCGGGUGCCUUGUCCGUUUGUUGUGCCCGCCCGACAAGAGCGCACGCUGCAUGCAGCUCAGGGAGAAGGCUUACAUGGUCAGCGGGAUAGAAAAGGCCGCCCGAACCGGUAGCUGAACCAGUGAGAAGGCUUACAUGGUCAGCGGGAUAGAAAAGGCCGCCCGAACCGAUACCUGAACCAGUUCGGGGACUGAGUGAUUCUCCUUCCACGGGUUUCGGGUGCUUUUCAAGGGGUGGAAGAUGGCGCGGACGGAGGGGGGGGGGGGUUACGGUGGCACACGUUUUUGAAGGGGUGGGUAUCCCCGGAACGCUUGGGGUGCCGGCGCAGUGAUGAUGAUGCUGGCAUGCCAAUGGUGCGUAUCGAUCACGGAUGAGAGAUAAAGCACGAGCCUUGUGCGGGUACGGUGCGCGAAGCACGCAGUUGUGGUGUUUCUUGUUGCCCUAAUCCGAACACCUCUCUUGGACGUUUCUACUUCAAGAACGUUUUAGGACAGGGAUAGAUUCGUUCGGUCUUUUGCUUGCCCAUCGUUUCCGUUUUUAGAUACGUGAAAAUAGAGAGUUCCGGCAGCCCGUCCUGUUUCGGAAUUCCUGCCGACACGAACGUAGCAUGCAGUGGUCAUGUGCAUAGCCUGUGUUUUCUCAGUGGGUCCGUUUUGUUUUAGGAAAGGCUUUCUUUUUUUGGCGGUCAUCGUCAGCAUCGUGUCAAGCUCUCAGCUUGCCGAUAUGUGGUAAUUCCCGCCGUGGCGCGUCGUCAAACCUGUGGGCUUCUCGUCUGCCGUGGCGAAUUCUUGCGUGUGUUUGGGAGAGCGGUUGCAAUAUCUCGACCAGCGUUGCAGGCUUCUCGACCUCUUGUAGAGUUGUUUUGGCCUCGCCUCCGUAUUUCAGUUGGUGCAACAAUCUCUCAUGCCCGCACCCACCGUCCUCGAGAUUCCUUUGAGGCCGAACGUGCUUCGGGAGCCACCCAGAAAGCACACAUGUUUUGAUGAUUUUACGAUGCGGCCACGACUUGUGUCUGCUCAGGUUAGCUUGUCUCGCCGGAACAGUUUUAUUCGGGUCCUCUGUUGCGACCCCCCUCCCGGAAGACGCCUUCUUGUUUCCGGCCCUCCUGGGAUAGCACCAGUGAUAGGGAGGUGUUUGGGAGGGGGGUGUACUCAAUAGUCGUGCAUGCCGUAGUCGCUAGACCAUUGACCUCGAUGUUUGGGGGAGAUUGUUUGUUUUUCGAUGGCGGAAGGGUAGGGUUAGGAUUUGCGCCGAGGAGAUGUUUGGGGGCCGCAGAAAUGCGGUAGCUGAUUGCUGCUGCUGCUGCUGCUGCUGCUGUUACUGUGCUGCUGCGGUUGACACGCACGGAAGGGCUGUGGGACCGGGGGUGUGGAUCAUUCGUCCCCUGCUGUGGAGGCCUCUUUUGCUGUCGAUGCAGAUGGCGGUAUUUUAGUUUCGCCAAAGGGGCACGGCUUGUUGUUGCCUUCAGAUCAAGAAAGACUCUUCGACAGGGAGAAAACUCACUUGCGUGGUGGUUUGUACGGAGUGUGGAAGUUUCGCGAUGAACGAACGGGCUUGUCGCGAUGGAGGGAGACGAGGUUGGGGCUUGGCUUAAGGAUGUCCCGCCUUGUCCUUGCUUUCCGGGAGCUGGGGCUAGGCUUUCCGCAGCAAGCUUGUCUUCGUUGGGCGGGUAUGUCGAAAGGGAGCGACGAGCGGGAGAGAGAGAGAAUCAACCCUCACCCUAACCCUAAGUCAUAACCCUAAGUCAGGGGCGGCGGCGGGAAGCUACAGAGCGGAAAUGGGCGAUAACGUGGGUACGCAUGCAAGCCGCGAUGGUAUCGUGCAUCUGCCCUGCCGGAGAAACGAACGCAGCGGGGGUUACGGGAAGAGCACAUCACUGACAGGCCUUCCCCGCUUCCUUUUGUGGAUAUCCCAUGGGAUACUGAAGACCUUCCUGGUUAGCCCUGGGUUGCGGUGCUGCCUCCUGAAUGUCUUGGAAGUCUGAUUGGGAAGGGGUGGAAGGAGAUACAAACGCCGUCCAUGCGCCGGCUCCGGGGGGUGGGUGGGGGUGGUUGACAAUGAGCCGCCGCAGCGAGCGAACGAAGUCCCCUCUUGCGCUGAGUGUAGAUAAAGUUGACAGCUCGAGUUCUGGCAUGCAACCAAUGCCGAAGGGGUACGUGCCUAACCGAGACGCGCUAGGUCUAUAUGACGUUGGAUACCAGGGGAGUGGAGGCGUCGGUGCUACCUCCUGACCACCGUGCAAGACAUGCUUCGGUAUUUUAGCUUACCGUUUGGUAAGGGUUAACAUAGUAAAACCCUAUUCGUAGGGUUUGGUGGCCCCUAGCGAAGCUACUGGGUCAGCCCCAAUUUGACCAUCAAUGGAGUAAGAUGCGGUGUGUGCCUCAUGAUCCGCUUUGCUUUUCAAACUAUGACCAAGAAUGGCGGCAUCGAGGUUAAUGCUUCGAGAGGAGGCGCGCGUUGGGGCGUGUGUCAUGAGUGACCUGGUGGUGGUGAUGGGUAUCCUGGGGAGGGUGGAGGUUAGGUUUUUCGUUGCUUGUGCUGAGUGCAUAUCAUCGAUUUGUAUGGCUUGAUUUACGGUGAUGGCGAUGUUGGGUGUGUGUGUGGUGAUUGGUGCGUUGUUGGGCCCGUGCCGAUACGGCGGUGUAGUGACCACCCGUUGGUCUCGUGUGUUGAUUUUCAUUUCAAUUUUUCGUGUUUUUUUUUUCUGGUUUCGAGAUCCCGUCGGCGAUCCUACACCCUACAGGUCGGUUGACCUUAUCCGACCCGUUUCGGGUUGCCUUGGAUUCGUUUGUCGACUCCAAUCAGGGCAUUCCACCAAGCGUGCGGCUUCCAGUUGUUGGUAGUUGGGGCAAGACACGUGUUGUUUGCUUCAUGUGCUGUGGUUCUUGGAACUAUUUCGCGCAACCACCUAUUCGGGCAUCAUCCGACGUUGCGAGCAACAGCAGCAGCGGCAGCAGUUGUUGGUGGCAACAGCAGUUUGUCGGGUUCGCUGGCCAAGCACUGCGAUUUGCGCAGGAUUUGUUGUCUGCCCCCCCCCCCGCCCCCCACCCAUUUUUCUCUCCAUUCGGAGUAAGCAGGGAGGAGGGCGGGGGGAGCGCGCGUGAUGGUCUGUUGCACCACCAAACAUGGCGCGGCGUUUGCUGCGUCAGGGUCGUGGUGACACCAUCUCCCACUUGGGUUGCCCUCGGUGUGUUCUACAGUAGUGGUGCGUGUUUGCCUGUCUGUGCGAUACCGGCCGUAGCCUGGCUCGCUAGGCUUGUCCGUACGAUAGCGUAAAACAACCAGUGUUCAUCAAGAUGAAUUUGCACUUUGUUGUUGGAAACCGUUGGCACGACCUUGUCUAAUGUCUGCGUAUUUUGAAUGUUUUUGAGCCGGUGUUUGAUUGGAUUGGGAUCGAGGUCUACCCUCAGCGGUGUGCGUGUUAGUAGCAGUCGAUUCUUGUUCUUGAUCAUAAAAUAAUAUUAAGAACUUGAAUUCUCCUUCCGGACUCGUUGAAAAAACCAACGACUUCGGCUGCUGUAUGUAAGCUGUGUUUCCCCCAACAGCAGUUAGUUGGUUUCUAUCUUCACUCCCUGGCUUAUUGCACUCAUUCUGUCCUGCAC